CUCUCAUUCGCCCAUCAGAACAAAUUCACUAUCAGUGGGAUAUACAAUGUCACACAUCCUUCUUUUCUACCUCUGCAUACAUUUUGGAGAAUAGGACCAGUCAUUACAAAGUGCUGUGGAUCAUCUCUCGCAGUGAUGUAAACAAGACUCAACAUCAGCGAUGUCGAAAUGGCUUGGCUCUAGUUCACAAGAUGAGACGAACAAAACAGAGCUAUCUAACAGAAAUGCUCUGAGCUCCAAGUUAUCCGACUUUGGAGUACCAAACUCCUCUAUAAAUAGGUUCCUGGAAACAUGUGACGCUUCACACCUCUUUAGUUAUUUUCAAGAGCCAGAGAGUAAACGUCUGUUAAUGGAAUUGCUUUCUUUGGCAUCAACUCCUCCAUCAACGGAGCUAGGUGAUCAGGAACAAGUAGCUAUACCAAGCCGUGCGCAGUCUGUUCAUGAGACCAAUCGAAAAUCAAACAACCUAAUCAUGGAAUGCAGUGAACAGCUAAGGCUCCAUUACAUGGAUUGCAGCAACAUCUUGAAAGUAGCUCUCCGUCCUUCAACAAAAGACAAGAUUCAUAAUGUGGAAGACCUGCAUGUCCCAGUGGCUCUUAAGAAGAGCGAGAUAUCCCCAGAUCUCCCACAGAUGGCGGAAAUACAGGCGAUCGAUUUCUUCAAGGAGCCCAACUUUAAAAAGAAGAGAAUUCUCAUGUUUGGUCCACAUGGUGUCGGGAAGACGACAGAAAUCAAGAUGUGGCUCUAUAACUGGUGUCGCAAAAUAAGUGGUCCUCUGAUGGCUUUUCCUCUUGUUUUCUAUAUCGACGGAGCAAAGUUGGGGCAAGGGACCAAUCUAGGAGAAGCAGUCACUAAUCAAUGUUUGCCAGGCGAAUCCGCUUUCAAACCUGAGGAUAUUGAGAGUAUGUGCCAAGACUGCAAAGAUGAGAUACUUGUAAUUCUUGACAACUAUCCUAAAUGGAAACCGACGGAUCGACUUAAAAGCUCCCUUGAAGCCAUGGUUCUAAUGCGCAAAUUUCCGCAUCUUACUCUUUUGGUUGCCACCACAUCAGGCGGGCUUGGUCAUUUUCGUGAAGUUUACGGAAUCUACGACCAUGUACAGGUAGAAGGAAUAAGUGAAAGGUCAGUCAGCACCUACAUUUCCAAUGUGUUCAAGAACAGAAGGGAAUUUGGAUCAAAGGUUGAGGAGUACCUUCGUAACACCGAACAAGUUCACAACAUGGCCGCGUCUCCAGUGCUCCUUAGCAUCAUGUGCCAAAUUGUGAAAUUCUGCGCUAACCCGACAUUGCUUGGUGACCUGAAAACUGUUUCAGCACUUAUGGACAGGUUUAUCGAUUGCAUCAUUAUGAGACACGCAGAAGACGGUGAUUCCAACAUCACGAUGGAAAAAUCGGGAGCUGACGGUCCAGAUACCGGCGCAGAUGAGACUUCGGCCAUGUCGGCACUAUCAUUAAGAUCUAGAGUACAGACAAGAUCUGCAAGGCCAACCACGCUGAGAAGCCAAUCAGGUUGUCAGGAAACAUCACUCUCCAAAAACGAAACCAUAAAGCAGCUGUCGGCCGUGGCAUUCAGUUGCUAUCUGAAGGGAGAUGAUGAAGAAGAACGACACUUGAGUGAAGGCGACUUUCAUGACGUGUGUGGAGAGUUGAAAACCGAAGUGAUCGAGGAAGGGUGUCGUCUAGGACUCCUGGUGAAAUCCUCCAUCGAUGAAUUCAUUCCUUCAUCUCAAAAGGCAGUGGAAGGGAAGGUCAUCGGGUUUCUCAGUCCAUUAUUUCAACAGAGGCUCGGUGCUAAACACUUCGCGAAACUCCUCCAGGGAAACCAUGAAGAAAAGCAGAUGUUUCGUAAUAGCCUUACGAGGAUAGGUUCUAUUGAGAAUGCGCUUUCACUCCGAAGUCUUUUGUCAUUUGCUUGUGGAGAGUCCAUGAAGACGGCCAGAUCCAUCAUAGGACAUGUAGUUGACCUAACUUUAGCCUAUGCGGGAGAUAUGUAUCCCGAUCCAAGACCAGACGAAGAAGUCCUUGGGCAAGCCCAUGUACAGUACCAUGACAUGAUUAAGUUCAUACUUGACCUGAACUAUGAAGCAAGAAGUGAUGGUCGUCUUAAUGACAUUCUUUGUCCAUUAGUCACCCAGCUCCGUAUCCUGUCGCCAUCGGUUAUCAUGACCAGAUCUCUUGCCUAUCUCCUGGAACACGUUGCUACUCCGAAUACACCCAAACUUGACGAGGUUGACAUAGAAGUUUUUGACGUUCCACCCGAGAUACAGGACAACCUCCCACAUCACAAGAGUAUCAUCUACAAGUAUGAGGAAGAUGCUCCUGUUUCGAUUGAGAGGGGUGCCUUCGGAGAUGCAUCCGCUGGUGGUGCUGCUAGUCUGUCCCCAUCAUCUUUGAUGUCAACCACCAAGAGGAGGCUGAGCAUCAAAGUCAACCAGGAGAGAACGAAAGGAAACAAACGUUGUACUUUGGCACCAACGUUCCCACCACCAUCAAUACAAGUUGUUGAAGAAGACAGAGCAUUUCCUUUUCGCGGCAGCGUCACCUCGUCUCCGGCACAACCUGGCAGACACCACAGGGCACAAACAUCUAAUGUGUGUCGACCUGUCCCUAAAAGAGAAAUUGCAGAAAUCGUCGAUCUUUCACAAUACUCAAUAGACAAGUCAAAAUGCAUUUCAUUUGGAGGAUAUGGAGAAGUUUACGAGGGCAAAUGGAAAGGCAAGAGAGUGGCCGUGAAACGUGUGGAGAAGGUUGAAGAAUCCGAUACUUCGUCGCUUGAAAGGGAGAUUAAAAUAAAUGCGUGGGUGAAACACCCCAACAUCGUAGUGCUCCACGCGUUCUCAAAAUUUCAACCAGGGAUGACGAGUCAUCUUUGCUUCGACCUCAUCAUGGAUUUGAUUGAUGGUUUUACUCUGAACGACGCUGUGUUCGUAACAAAAUUGGAGAACCUGCAAACUGAUCGCGGGAAACUGACUACUGCUAUGAAGGUGUCAGAUGCAAUCGCCCACAUUCACUCCAUAGGAUUAACUCAUUCGGACAUUAAACCUGACAAUAUUCUGAUCAGAAUAUCGGACAACGAACCAUUCGUCUGUGACCUAGGAUUGGGCCAUGCAGUCACUCUUUCGAAGAAUACAUCAUCGGGAAAGCGGAAUCCAAUACUUAAGUGGGCCCCUCCCGAGUCAUUCAAGAGACACGACGUGGUGACAUAUGAAAGAGACGUAUGGUCCCUGGCGUGUGUUCUUCUGGAAAUGUUCACUGGGCAUCGUCUUUGGGAAGACAUCGCAAGCCAUGGGAUGGGUGACGAGCAUGAUGAAGAGCUCUCAAUUUACGAAAUCCUACACCGGUUUACUGGUGACAAUGUCACACCUGACAUCAUCUCCCGCGUUGACAACACAGCCGUACGUGGUGCUCUCCAAAGUUGCUUCACGAAAAAUCCACAGGAGCGGCCAUCCGCCAAGAAGCUCACCGAGAUUUUCAAAGGAGCCUUGUCGUCGGUCAACGAGUAGCCGAUCUUACCAACGAACUUGAACUUGAAAUUGUCCGAUGAGAACAGCGCUGUACAUAUAAACCACCUUCCCCAAGAUCGUAAAAUUAAUCGGCGACAUUUUGAUCAUUUGGUUUCUUCAAUGACUUCUUUUGAGUGGGGGAAUGACCCGAUUGUCAUUGUUGCUGAUGUUGGUGGUGGUGGAGAUGUCAUUGUAUUGUUGUUGAAUAUGUGGGGUCUGUGUAUUCAUGUGGUGAUAAAUUCGCUAUACUAUAAUUUGAACUUGAGUGUAUGUAAUUCACGAGUCCAUGAACAUUAAACGUUGCCCCCUGAUGAACUUCUUUUUUUAACAGAUCAUUGUUGUUAAUACAUUAAUCAAAUUGGUAAUGACAUGCGCUGUAUAGAACAGAGUGCUAUAUACAACACACAAAAAUCCGACUACUCAACAUUAAUCAAACGUCAUAAUCUAAUAUUUUCACUCUGUUAGUUGAAAUUCUGUGUACGUUUGUAUGUUCAAUACCAUCAUAUCAAAUUGAUUUAUAUCUAAUUAUUCCCCCUUCUAUAUAGACGUUUUAAGUUGCCUCAUACAAUCUGAGCAUAUACAGCGUUGAUCACAUUUAUUUCUUUGAUUGAUAUUAUAACCUUCAAAAUCAUACGUCUUUAUUUCUCUUUUGUUUUAGUCACCAUUUCCCCCUUUUGAUUUCUCUUCCUUUUUUUUGGAUUUAAUGACCUUAUAUAUCAUUGUUCUUGCGAUACAUGGAGAUGUUUAUUGAUAGAUUUAUAUGACUGUAUCCUCUGUUACAACUAUAAACAUGUACAUUAUGUUUUCUAUAUGGUAUGUUUAGUUAUAAUAGUUACCAUGUUCAUCAAUCAUUAUGUUCAAUUAUGUUAUAUUUGAUAAAGUGAAAUAAAUAAACUUAAAACUUGAAACAAUAAUGAGCCUUUCUAUUGUGCUUCCAAAGUUUCUUAUACCUGAAAUGAAUUCCUUUGUAAAUGGUAUAUAGUACUUGAAUUAUCAAUUUUAUAACUUAAUAAUUUUUGGGACCAUAUACAUGGACAUUUUUAUACCUGAAAUUAAGUCCUUUGUAGUUGUCAAAAAGUACUUGAAUUAUCAAUCUUAUAACUUGAUAAUUCUUUCGAUCAUAUUUAUGGAAAUUUUUAUACCUGAAAUUAAGUCCUUUGUAAAUGUUUAAUAGUACUUAUAUUAUCAAUCGUACAACUUCAUAAUUCUUGGGAUCAUAUAUAUGGAAAUGUUUAUACCUGAAAUUAAGUCCAUUGUAAAUGUUUUAUAGUACUUGAAUUAUCAAUCUUGUAACCUGAUAGUUCUUUGGAUCAUCGACCUGUCAGGCCUUAGUAGGCUUUUACUGAUGGUCCCUUUUGUUCUUCUUACGUUAUAUGAAUUCAGUUAGUAUACGCUGUAUUUUACCUUGAUAUUCUUUGUAUAUAUUGACAUUGUAAGGUACGAUUAAGAUUUGUGAGGUAAAACUCUUUAUCUAAUGAUCUCCUACCUUGCAUCUAAAUAAUAUCUUACUUGUAAUAAUGACUUGAUUAGAUAUCCUUUGUUUUCCGACGCUAUUUUAAUCUGUAUUUCAACAUACUAGUUUCACUUAAAUAACUCAACUUAUUAACUCACACCAAUAUACAUAUAUUCAUGAAUUACAUAAUGGUUUAAAUAAUUACAUAGCAUUGCAUUAAUCAGUAACGAAGUAUGUUUUCUUCUUCUGAAAUGCUUUUUUAGUCGUAAAGUUGUAUUUUAUAAUACCAGUCUUCAUAAUAAACUAAGGUACAAUUAAGAUUUGUGAUUAGAAAGUGCAAUUAAUUCGUUUUUAUGCCUACACUUAUAUUUCUCACUUCAAUUAUAUAAUAUGUAUAUACAGUGUAUAUGAUAUUUUACCCAACUAGACGAAUUUGUAGUUAGGUACCUAUUUUUUCA